AUGAACACAAUUAAAAUUGAUGAAGACAAAGAAUUUUUAUUAUUACAACGACAUAAAGGACGUGUUGGAUGUAUGCUUGGUAGAGAUGUAAAAUUAGCUGAAAAAGAACAACGAAAAGCCACACGGAAAGACGCAGAAUAUAAAAGAAAAGAUUUACAACAAAAUUCUGGAUAUUUAAAAACUGCAAAUAUUUUGAAUGAAUUUGAUUCUGACACAUCUGAGUUUGAAGAAACAAUAAUUGAAGAAUCUGAAAUUGAAUUAAAUAUUCCGUCUUCAAGUACUUCAGUUAAAAAACGAGCAAGAAGAGACAUUUUGACACCUCGCCUUUCAGCAUGUCUUGACAAAUGUAAAAUAAGCGAUAGAGACGCUGUUCAUUUAAUAACAGCAUGCAUUGAAGCAGUAGCAUUAGAUACAAAUGAUUUUGCAGUAAACCGAACGUCAAUAAGAAAUGCCCGAAAAAUAUUUAGAAAAAACAACACAAGUAACAUAAAAUCUAAGUUUAUUGAUCUUAAUUUAAAUUAUGGUAUUGUACAUUGGGACUCUAAGAUUCUGCCUACUUUAGUUGGAAAAGAAAAGUGUGAUAGACUUCCCGUUGUUAUAACGUCCCUAAAAACUGAACAGCUUUUGGGGGUUCCUCACCUUUCAAGUGGCACGGGCAAUGAAAUAAGCUCGGCAGUAUAUGAUGAAUUAGAAAGCUGGGGAUUAUUAGAAAAAAUACAAGGAUUCGUGUUUGAUACUACAGCUUCCAACUCUGGUAGAUUAAAUGGUGCUUGCGUUCUAUUAGAGCAAAAAUUAGGAAAAAAUGUAUUAUUUCUAGCUUGCCGCCACCAUAUUUUCGAAAUAAUAUUACAAGCAGUAUUUAUUGAAGCUAAAUUUGCACCAUCAUCUGGCCCAGAUAUACCACUUUUUAAGAGAUUUGUUAAUAAUUGGAAAAAUAUUAAUAAAAACGAAUACUCGGUUUGGACUGAUGAUUCUAUGACUUUCGAUAUAUUAAAUAACGUUCGCGAUGAAAUAUUAGAUUUUGCAGAAAAACGACUUCAAGAUUGUUUCCCCCGUGAUGACUACAAAGAGUUUUUGCAACUUAUUGUAAUAUUUCUCGGAGGAAAACUUAAGGGAAAUGUUAAUUUUCGGCAACCUGGAGCUUAUCAUUUGGCACGAUGGAUGGCCAAGGGUAUUUAUUCAUUAAAAAUUUUAUUAUUUAAAAAUCAAUUUAAAUUAACUUCUACAGAAGAAAUGUCACUUAAAAAAAUUAGUUGUUUCAUUAUAAAAUGUUAUGCUGAAGUGUGGUUCACUGCUACAAACGCAAUAAAGGCUCCUAUUAAUGAUAUACUUUUUAUAAAAAAAUUAUACAGUUAUAAAAACGACGACAAAAAAAUAGCUGAAACUGCAUUAAAGAAAUUUAUAAACCAUUUAUGGUACCUUAGUGAUGAAUGUGUGACAUUUUCUAUUUUUGACAACCGUGUUACCAUUGAACAAAAAAGAAGAAUGGCAAUUAAAAUGUUAACGAAUGAGCUUGAAGAGUAUGAACAAGUAGGAGAAGUUAAAAAAAAGCAUUUAUUGAAAAUUGAAGACAUCCCUAAUUUCAUACGCCAAGAUUUACCAGUUGAUUUAAUUACAAAUAAAUCAAUAAAAUUGUUUAAUAGAUUUAAUAUUCAGACUAAUUUUUUAUCACUGGAUCCAAUAUACUGGGAAGAAAAUGAAGAGUAUAAAAAAGGAAAAGAAAUAGUUGGAUCAUUAAAAGUCGUUAACGAUACCGCUGAACGCCAUGUUAAGCUGAUGGAAGAAUUCAAUUCGAAAAUUACCAAAAAUGAAGAACAAAAGCAGUUUUUGUUGCAAACAGUUCAAGAUUAUCGUAGAAAGUAUCCUAAUCACAACCGCGAAACGAUGAGUAAACCAUAUCAAUUAUGA